AUGAGCCUUGCACGGCAGCUGGCAGCUGCAGGUUCUGGCGACAUGUCCGAGGUUUGUGCCAAUGCCCUGAAAGCGUUGGACCAGGUCAGUGGCUGGGAGUACGGGCACCGCCUCUUUGAGGACUUGCUGCUGUGGCACAGCGAGCUGGAUGCCGUGUGCUACAACUGCGCUGUGACAACAUGCAGACAAGGCCAGCAGUGGGAGCAGGCUGUGGCACGCAGCGAGUCAAGCCGUGCAGCGCACGCCACGGCCAGCCAGGAUCCGGUCCUCUUCGGUGGUGUGGUUUCCGCUUGUGGCCAAGGUAGCGCUUGGCGUCCGGCCUCGGAGCUCCUCCGCUCUGCUCUUCGUGCUCGCGCAGAGUCUGACCUGGUGCUCCUCUCGAGCGGAUGCAUGGCAGCGGAGAAAGGUGGCCAUUGGCAGGCUGCUUUGUGGACCCCGGAAAGAACGGCGGCUGCAGGGCUGCCGCAGGAUGUGGUCCUCCGGAACAGUGUUCUGGCUGCUUCCGGGCACUGGCCGAGAUCCCUGGGUCUGCUCCAGGAGGCAGAAAACGCCACAAUCGUCAGCUUCAGCGCUGUCCUCGCAGCUUGCGAGCAAGGUUCCGCUUGGUCUCCGGCACUGUUGCUGCUGCGGGGGCUUUCGCACCACGGUUUGGAGGCAAAUUCCAUCGCAAUGGCGACAGCGGUGGAUGCAGCUGUUUCAGGCGAUCAGUGGCAGCACGCGCUGGUGAUGUUUGCCGCUUUUUGUCAACGAGGUGGUGAAUGUGACCUGGCAGCUUGUGGGGCGCUACUGGCAGAGUGUGAGCAGUCCGGGAUGCAACGUGUGGAGGUCGACUUGCUGGGCCUGCUUGGUUUCACCCUUGCUCCGGCUGGUCCAAGCAUACUUGGCGAGCUCUGGAGGAUGACGCAGAGCAACAUGAGGUCGCUCGCCAGGGCUGUUGGACUAGUGGCUUGCAUUUGCGCUCCCCUCACAUCCGGUACCGAAGUAUUUCAUUCGAUUGGCACGCAGGCCUGCAAGACAGAGGAAGAUCUGACCAACCUCCUGCAGAUCAUCCCCGACUGGCAGCAGCUGUCCCAUGAGUCCCACGAGGGCCAGCACGUCCACGAGGGCCAGCACAGUCACGAGGGCCAGGGCCACGUGCACGGCCAUGCCAAGAACGCGGGCAAGGCCGGUGUGGCCGGCGUCACCUCGAGGCGGAUCUCACAGACACAGCAGAGCGCCCAGCUCCAUGAGCACGGCACGGCGCAGACCAACAACUCGGGCAAUGCUACUAGCAGCAGCGCCACAGCGAGCUGUGUGGAUCUCAUUCACCAGUGCCGCAACGACUUCGAUUGGAACUCGUGCGUGGGUUUCGAGUCGCGCUGCUACAACGCAGCAAAGGCAGUCCAGCUGAUCCAGAUUGAGACUCAACAGAGCCAAGCUUCAGCUCCGGUCGUCAGAACGAACUUGGAUUGUGACACAUGGAGCUUGCGAUGCCAGAGCCAAGACUGGACAGCGUGCCUUCACUUUGAGGACCACUGCCAGCAGGCUUCCCCGCGUCCGACACAGCUUUCGCUAGCCUUUGCCAGCAGCAGCAUAUCGCAGCCGACGUUUCAAAGUGCCCGACGAGUGGAGGAGGGACAGGACUGUGAAAGCCUGAUCUCACAGUGCCGCAACAACUUCGAUUGGACAGCGUGCACAAGCUAUGAGGCGCAAUGCAGCCGCCAGGCGCAGGUCCGAGCGGCCACACUAUGA